UGACGCUGACGUCAUGAGGAAUGCAGGGCAAACACAAAUGAGCAGAGAAAUGAUUGACCCGGCGACCACACAGCCCAGAGAGAAACAUGGCUUCUCUGUGUUGCUGUUGCUUCUCUGGGGAAAACGCCGAUGACGAGAGGCGUCCGUUGCUUCAACCUGCAGCAUCCACACAAUUUACCACGACUGAAUCCGCCAGACAGAACCGGCCAGCCCCCUCUGGGGACACAGCUACGACACACGGCGGUAGACUGGAGAUGAGGAGGGUCGGCCUGUCAGAGUUGGACCAGAGGUUCUCUGACGUUGCGGAGACCUUUAACGAGCAGCGGGAACACUACGAGGCCCUGGCACGAUGCGUCGCCCACCUGCGGCAGUCCUACGGCUGUAGCCAUGACAACACACUUCUUCUCUCCGAUUGCGUGAAUAAGAUCAGAGAUGUGCACGACCUACACUACAGGAUCAGCCUCCAGAUGAAGGGCUAUGACUUCCACCUGUCUGCGGCCCCGGUGGAGUCUGCGGAGGUCCGGGAUAACGAGCCACCCCCUCAACGCCUGCUGUCGGCCCAGGACGAGCUGAGGGCCGUGUCUCAGGCCGCAAAGAUGACCGUCUCGCUGGGGACCAAGCUCCAGGAGCUGAUUGGUUGGCUGCUCCGGAGCGAGGAAAAGCUGGCCGGCCAGGUGGCCAAAGCGGCGCCCAACUACCAGGAGCGGAGGCGGCUGGAGGAGAACCUGCAGGCCUGCUUGAGGGAGAUGAGGAGGGGGAAGGAGCUAUCGGUGGGAUACAAACAGAGAGCUGGGGAGGUCCUCAAUGAGGCUGCUCAGCUAGCCGGAGUGGAGCCUUAGUGGUUUAUUCAAGUGCACGUUGCAAAGACACACACUUUCACAAGCACACACAUAAAUAUCCAUAGAAAAACACACACAAACACACACCAAUGGACAUACACGUGCACAUACACAAGCAUUCACACAUACUGUAUGCAAAUACAAUUUAUGCUUUACAUUGAGAUUCAUGCACAAUACACACACACUCCAACUAGAAGGCUUCAGCCAUGACAACUGUGAACAGUGCCAUUUAUUAUUUCUAAUGCAAUAAUAGUUUAAUAUAAAUUAUGUCAAGUUUUCCUAUGUCAAGUUCAACAGAAGGGGGCAUUGUAUCCUUAUAUUUUACACUGUCCUAUUUGGAUUUGCUCUCAUAAGUAAGGACAUUAUCCAAUGUUAAAUGGCAUUUAUUACUAAUGUGUGUGUAUGUGUGUGUGUAUAUAUAUAUAUAUAUAUAUAUAUAUAUAUAUAUAUUGUACAGCUUAAUGUGCCCAGUAAAUUCAUAUUAAAUGAAAGACUUAAUUCCUUGUGAA